AUGUCCGCCGACCCUCCACGACCACAGUUGCCUUGCCGUUUCUUCGCCGAAGGGCGUUGCGCGAAGGGAGAGAAGUGCUUGUACACGCAUAUCCAGCCGGCUACGGUCACAAGCGAGGAAAGUCUUUCGGAGCACAUCGAAACACCUACGGACCCGAGAUUGAAUCUCCCUUGCAAGUUCUUUGCUAGAGGUGCUUGCCUUCAUGGCGAUAGUUGCGCGUUCCCUCACUCCCAGGGCCCCGAGGGCAACUCGGAAUGGGUCAUGGAAGGCCGCGAGGAAGCGGGACAAGAGACCUGGACUCGCGAGCUUGGUGGCGCCCUGGCGCAGUUUGGGGACGGUGCGGCGGUUUCCCGCGUCUCACUUCCGUCUGACUUCUCCGCCGUUCGUUUGGACAAAUUACCCGUCGGAAGCUCGCCUGUCUCGGUCGUAUCCUUGCUCGCCAGAAUAGGGCUGAUCGUGCCACUGAGCGGUGUUCGCAUCUCCUCCACGGCCGACAGCGGUGCCGGCGCAGCUUACUGCAGUGCCGAUAUCAGAAUAGAUGACCCUCUUUUUGCUGAGAACCUGCUUUCCAAAAUCCCCACGGCAUCCUCGACACGGGGUAUCAAAGCCGUUGCUAUCCCGACAUCGAUCCCGCAGGGCGUGGGCAUCCAUCGUGUCGAUUGCAGAAAGGUACAUUGCUCGUGGCACCGGGCCACACGUACGGCGUGGCUGAACUUUGGCAACCAAGACAUCGCACGCAAGGUCCGUGACCUGUUCAACAAGCGCGUGUACAAGGUAUGUGGCCGAGAGGUUGCGGCAACUGGACCUGUAGGCAAGGCAAACAGGUUCAACCCGUUCGCGUGGACAGUCACCCUCAACGACCUCCCCUCCACCGCGGACGAGGCGUCCAUCUCCGCCACCAUCCCCGACUGGCUCCAACCCCGCCACGUCGAGCUCUCCAAGCCGACAUAUCCCGACAGCGCCGACAUGUCCGUCGCCAAGAUCCAGUCGCUGCUCACGCAGAUCGGCGCAUUCGAGGGAGAGCCCAUCGUCUCCACGUCGGCGUCGAAGCGGAUCAAGAUGCAGGUACGCUUUGUUUUCGAGACGGACGCGCGCAAGGCCGUCGGGGAAUUGCACAAUGCGCCACUCCCCUUCAACAAGACCGGCAGACUUACCGUGCAUCUGGUCACCUCGGCCAAGUUCAAGGUUCUGAGUAAGAUGUACCAGGCGGUGCAGUCGCGCAUCGAUGGCCACAGGUCGGCAUGGGGCGCCAAGAACUUGCUGCUGAGGACUUACCCUCCGUCGACGGGGUUCACCACCGUCAAGAUUGAGGGCGAGCAUGCGAAGGAUGUGGCGGGUGCGAAGAGGGAACUCGAGAUUAUCUUCGCCGGCGAGGUUGCGAGGAACGGCGAGGAUGUUCUGUGGGCUCAGGCCUUGACCAACAACAAUGGACUGUCUCACCAGUCGCUGAAGCAGGUGGAACAGCGCCUCGGUGUCUUCAUCUUGCGUGAUAAGCAGAAGAGACAGCUUCGAGUGUACGGGCCGGAGUCCAAGUGCAAAGAAGUGACAAGACAGCUGGUGGAACUGUUCAAGAACGACUCGUUGUUGUCGGCGUCGUCGUCGGUCUUCACCAUCCAGCUGAGUCCUGAGCAGUUCCGGUGGGCUUGUUGUGGCGGCUUCAGAGGAUUGUCUUCUGAUCUGGGCGAUGGCGUGGCCACUUUCGACGUCGUCUCCUACCCGAAGUGCAUCAUCAUCAAUGGAACACAGACGGACCAUGCGAAAGCCUUGGCCAUGAUUGAAGGUGGGGAAGAAGUUGGCCACCCCGAGUCCGACACCACCGCCCUUCCCGACGGGGACUGCGUAGCCUGUUGGACGGAAGCCGAGAACCCGAUCCGCACGCAAUGCGGCCACCUUUACUGCGCUGGAUGUUUUGAGAAUCUCUGCCAGUCGUGCUACUCGACCGACUCCGAGUUUCUCAUCCGCUGCGCCGGAGACGAGGACAGGUGCAAGCGAAUCUUCCCCCUGGGCGAGCUACAAGACUGCCUCUCGUCCAGCACCUUCGAGGACGUCCUCGAGGCCUCGUUCGCCUCCCACAUCGCCCGGAACCCUUCCGUCUUCCGCUACUGCCCUACCCCGGAUUGCGGCCAGGUGUACCGUACCACCGCCCCCGAGUCGGCAGGCAUCCACACGUGCAGCAAGUGCUGCGCCACUACGUGCACCGCCUGCAUGGCCGCACACGAGGGUAUGACCUGCGCCGAGUACAGGUACGAGACCUCGGACGAGGCAAAGGCCAUGGAGAGGCUGAAAAAGGAGCUCGGAUUCAAGGACUGCCCCGAGUGCAAGACCUCGAUGGAGAAGAGGGACGGGUGCGACCACAUGACGUGCCCAGGCUGCGGGACGCAUAUCUGUUGGAGGUGCUUGGAGACGUUUGCGACGGGCCGGCUGUGCUAUGCGCAUUUGAAUGAGAAGCAUGGGGGGAUUGGGAUCGAGCUUGUGGAGGGGUUUGACGAGCUCCGUUUGUAA